AUGCCUGUCUCUAGAAUUGUUUCCUCUCCUCACUUCUCUUUUAUUACACCCGAAAAGUUCGUUAGAGUUGCUCCUAACCUUGCCACCUGGGGUGCUGCUGCUGGUACUGCUGUCGUUCUCUUGGGCUCUGAUGUUCCUUUGAUCAAGAAGGAUAUCUUGAGCAAAAUUCCUGUUGUUGGUAGCUACUGGGCUGUUCCUGAAGUCGAUCAAGAAUAG